GCGGGCGGACAUGGCUCCGACCCCGAGCCCCUGCCCAUAAAGGGGGCCGGCGAGCCCCCCGCCUCGCAGCCAUGCGGCCCCGCGGCGCUGCCCUCGCCCUGCUCUGCCAGCUGCUGGGGGCCUGGGCUGCCGGCGCCCUGGCCCCCGGGCCGGCCGGCGGGCUGCAGGCGCGCCCGGAGCCCGCCGGCCGCUCGCCGCCGGCCCCGACGCUGCUCGGCCCGGCUCUGCCCGGGCGCGGGGCCCUUCCCGGCGGGGGACAGCGGGGGGCCGCCGGCGCGGAGGGAGCCGCGGGGCCGGGCGGCACCUGCGCUGCCUGCGGGGCGGCGGCCGGGCGGUGGCGGGCGCGGAGCGAGCGCGGAGCCGGCGCGGCGGCGGGGAGGGGCGCGGCGGCGGGCGGCCCGCGCUGGCUGCCGCUGAACGGCUCGGCCCGCGACGGCGCCGAGGGCAGCGCCGGGGCCCGCGGCAACGGCACCGGGCGCCGCGCCCGGCUCCGCAACCCCUUCUACCCGCUGACCGAGGAGUCGUACGGCGCCUACGCCGUCAUGUGCCUCUCCGUGGUGAUCUUCGGCAUCGGCAUCAUGGGCAACAUGGCAGUGAUGUGCAUCGUCUGCCACAACUACUACAUGCGGAGCAUCUCCAACUCCCUGCUGGCCAACCUGGCCUUCUGGGACUUCCUCAUCGUCUUCUUCUGCCUGCCGCUGGUCAUCUUCCAGGAGCUCACCAAGAAGUGGCUCCUAGAAGACUUCUCCUGCAAAAUCGUCCCGUACAUCGAGGUAGCCUCCCUUGGAGUCACCACAUUCACACUGUGUGCCCUCUGCAUAGAUCGCUUUCGUGCUGCCACCAACGUGCAGAUGUAUUAUGAGAUGAUAGAAAACUGUACGUCGACGACAGCCAAGCUGGCUGUUAUAUGGGUGGGUGCGCUGCUCUUGGCCCUUCCGGAGGUAGUGCUGCGCCAGCUGACCAAGGAAGAUGCCGAAUACAGCGGCAGCCCACCAGGAGAGCGGUGUGUGGUGAAGAUCUCCACUGCACUGCCUGAUACUAUCUAUGUGUUGGCUCUCACGUAUGAUGGGGCAAGACUCUGGUGGUACUUUGGCUGCUAUUUUUGUUUGCCUACUCUUUUCACUAUUACUUGCUCCCUGGUAACAGCAAGGAAAAUCAGGAGGGCAGAAAAGGCCUGCACAAGAGGGAACAAGCGGCAAAUUCAGCUAGAAAGUCAGAUGAACUGCACAGUGGUGGCUUUAACCAUUUUAUAUGGGUUUUGCAUCAUUCCUGAAAACAUCUGCAACAUUGUGACUGCCUACAUGUCUACAGGGGUCUCUCGGCAGACUAUGGAUCUCCUCCAUCUCAUUAGUCAGUUCCUUUUGUUCUUUAAGUCCUGUGUUACCCCAGUUCUCCUUUUCUGCCUCUGUAAACCUUUCAGCCGGGCCUUUAUGGAGUGUUGUUGUUGCUGCUGUGAUGAAUGCGUCCAGAAAUCUUCAACAGUGACAAGCGAUGACAAUGACAAUGAAUACACCACAGAACUGGAGCUCUCCCCUUUCAGUACCAUCCGCCGCGAAAUGUCAACUUUCGCCUCUGUGGGGACUCACUGCUAA